UUCAUUAGACAAUCACAAUGACAACCUCAGAUGGAUUUCCUGCCAGUUUCUAUGGGGAGCCAGGGACGCUUGGCUUGCUGGCCAAUGGGAUCAGUGCGUUCCUGGUGCUGCUGCAGAACUUUAACGGAGCACAUACUGGCAUUCCAGCACAGGGGGUGGAGGACAUUCUGGCAGGCGUUCAUCUCAUUCUCAUAGGAGGAGUGUGCCAACUCCUGGCUGGCUUGCUGUCCUUCCGCAAGUAUGACCACCUAAGCGGGACAUCCUUCGUUGGCUACGCGGCACUGUGGAGCAGCUAUGGUGCCACCAGGAUCUUCCUUGGGGGGUCCACCUCAGGCAACGUUUCAUUAGCCGAAGACCUUAAUGCCACCCUGGGGAGUCCUGAGUGGCUCUCCCCUCCCAUCAGCCAGUCCGCCAUCGCGGGGCUCGUUCCCUAUACACUCCUGUCAUUUAUUCUGGCCUUCUGCUCCGCCACAGUCAACUACAUUAUGCCUUUUGUGUUUGGGGCUAUCACCGGCGCCCUGGUGUUUGAGGCGGUUGGGCUGGUGGGCCGGUGGGGCUUGGUGGUGUCCGGGGUGCUAGAGCUGCUCAUCCUCUUGUUUGCCAUCUAUGGGUCGGUUACACUGUUGAUCAAGGGUGUGUCCCAGCGUUACGCGCUGAAGGGCUUUGGGAGCCCGCUCUUCAAUGUACUCCUAUUGGGCACGGCCAACUCCAGCAGCUCCCAGAGCCUGGGGCAGGAGAAGAAGAAGAACACCAAAUAUGCUGAGCCCAUGGCACUGGGCUUCUUCUGUGACACUGUAUCGCCCUUCAUCUUUGCUUUCUACUGCUUCGGCUAUGUCCCGUCCUUCGCCGUGGGGGCCGUAUGGGUCUCCAUCAUCUCCGGGGCUCAGCUGCUCUCCAGCUACUACAGCUACCUCCGCCAAGACUGCUACCAUGCCACCAAGUUCGGCUUGCACUGCACUUACUGGCUGGUCAAAUCUUGGGAGGAGUUUGUGCUGUCGGUCCUGAUGGACGGAAAGGUACCAGCUGGUGCCAGGGAGGCCAUGGUGGGUGAUUGGUUCUUCCUGGCUGCAGCGAUGAUCCUUUGCUUGUUGAGCCUGAACAUGGACACCCUAGAGCUGCUCCAUAACGGCCUCUUCCUCCUGCUCACAGUCUCCACCAUCUCCCAGAUCCCCCUUCAGGGCUACUACGUCUUCUUCGGGGUCACAUGCUCCCUUUUCACCGCCCUCUCCUUCUAUGGCACCUUUGCCCGCUUGAUCAACACCAUAGCAGAGAAGGCACUGAUUUUUGUGGGGCCGCAGCCCGUGUCUAUGGACAGCCUCUUGAGGGCGCUGUCUGUUCUCAGGGGUAGAGCAUGGCAGCAGGCUCCCACUGGACACACAGCCGCAGAACUGCCUGAUACCCUGUUCUAUCUCACCAAUGGGGUGGCGGCUCUCUCUGCCAUCCACGCCAGCCAGCCCAAUCCCGCCUUCCUGCACCUCACCGUGCCCUGGGUGCUGAUCUCGGGCGCGGUUGUUCAGGUGUAUGUCAGCCGAUUGCAGGUCCAAGGUGGCCGGCGGUUUGGCUCGGUGAUACCUCUGCUCUAUGCAGCCAUUUGGGCCACCUGGACCUGGUAUCGGUUUGCAGGCCCGGAGCUUGGUAUUUCUGCUGGUUCAGCAUAUGGCUUUACAGCUGGAGCAAUCGCAUUCCUUGUAGUGAAUGGAUUCCUCAUGCUUGCUGCUGCCUAUGCGAACCUGGUCCUACUAACACUGACCACUGUGAUGGAGAUCAUACUGGUCUGCUUUCUCCUCUCCACCGUUGGCAGACUGCCCUACCAGCUGGAAAUUGCUAUGCUGGCAAUAUUCUCCAUAAUCUGUCUGUAUGGAGCCCUCGCCUCGAUGGCCAACUGCAUCUUCUCCAAGGACCUGAUGCCAACAGGCCCUCCAGUGUUUAAGGAUGAAAAGAAGAAGAAAGAAGCGGCACCACCUCUCCCCUGCCCCAUCGCUGACUCCCGCCUGACCAGUGGGCUGCUGAGCAUUUCGCGGCUGCUGGAUAAGAACGGGGUGUGUGGCAUCCCCACAGACACCGUGUAUGCCCUGGCAGCCUCCUGCAAGAACCCUAAAGCCAUUGAGAAGAUUUACAACAUAAAGGACCGCCCAGCAGAGAAGCCUAUCUGUAUCUGCAUCAGCAGUGUGGAGCAGCUGAUGGCAGCCAAACCGCCCUUCAGCCCCCUGUUGUGGGAGUUCAUGAAGAACGUAUACCCUGGUGGCAUCAGCUGCAUCGUUCCCAAGGGGGAGUGGCUAUUCAAACUAGGAGUUGGACCAGCCUAUGACCGCGUUGGAACGAAAGACAGCAUCAUGAUCCGCGUACCUGACCACACGGUCACGGUGCACCUCUGUGAUAUCACUGGGCCCCUUGCCAUCACAUCUGCCAACCCCAGUGGGGAGCCAGACAGCACCCACCAUGACAUGGUUGUCACACGCCUUGGACACAAGAUACAAGGAGUACUGUGCGAUGGAGAGUCAAAUGAAGUGGUGGCAUCAACUGUGGUCAACUGUUUGAAGAUUGAUGAAGGUACCAUCGGCAUCCUGAGAGAAGGAUGUGUGCCGGCAGUCAAGGUCAGGAACAUAUUUGAGAGAGUAAAGAACAGCAUGCUGUGAGCACACCUCCCCACCAUCGACAUACCCAAAUCAGCAGUGUUCCUGCUUCACCCCCCGCCCCACCCUGGCCUUCACACAUUAAUGUUAACUUAAUAUUGUGAAACAUGUGCAAUAAGCAAAUAUGUAGAGGGUAGGAAAUUGUCACAAAUAAUAUUUAGGCAUCUGUGUUAUUUAUUUUUAUGGGCUGAAGUUAACAAAAUAUGAAAAUUGAAUGAUGAGAUGAAUAUGUCACACUACUGUAUUUAGUAUAGAUCCAU